UGACUAUUCCUCUUCGACUUCACCGAUGGAUUCCUCUGCUCUACGCGGUUACAUUAAUUAUCAUAAACCCUAGAAACGGAGCAUCCACCGAUGGCGAUUAACAAGCUCCACUUUUCCGAUUUGAAGGACGGAUGUUGUAAGAAAACAGUUGCUUCACAGCUUCAGCGAUUUUGGGAUGCGAGGAAUUUGAAGAAAGUCAGUGAGCAUCUCGGGCUAGACCUGGUUUUUCUUGACAACAAGGUUUCAGAAAAUGAACAGCUUAUGGUUUUGGCUAAUACAAACGUGGAUUUUCCGGACGUUUUUGGUGAUGUUUGUGGCAUCAAGACCACCUUCACAAUGAGAAUCAGGCCAUUCAAUGUGUUAUGGUCGGCUUCUCCUGAAUGCUACCCCGGGAACAAACUUCUUUUGACAAUGAAUGCCUUGCCGGCCAGAGUGUUCUUGCAGCUAGGUUAUAUGGAUCUGAUGAUGGUAGCAGCUCCAAAGCUUCCAAGUAUGGAAGUGUGAAGAAAAUUGAACGAGUAACUCUUGCUGAGCUGAACAACUACGUUCUUAACUCUCCACCACAGGUUUGUGAAUUCCAUUCGUUUUUAGCUAAAUGUUAGCUGAUAAACAUGAUCCCCACAUGCUUGUAACUUUCCUCCUCCUGUGGUUCAUGUAGACUGCAAAGUUUCUUUGCACUGCCGAGGUCGGUGACAUUGACACCACUAAUGGAUGGUGCUACUUCUCCUACUCUAAAUGCUACCAAAAACUGCAGCGUGGAUUCACUGUCUUUCACAUGCGCAUGGUGCAUGACGACACUGCAGUUUGUGCUGUGAGCCACUGUGUUUAGAUGGUGUUCACAGAUCGCAACAGACUCAGCCGUCUUCGUUUUUUUUAACGGUGAAAUAAGAAGAUGACCAAUGUUCUCAUCGCAUAGGUUGCUCAACUCAUGAGCACGAGUGAAUCUCUCCAACAGGCAGCACUCCCACGAUGUAUCCAAGAUAUUAUCGCGCAGAAUUUGACCUUCCAGCUUAAGCUCUUUGAAAUUCAUUUCUCCUCUACAGUUGUACGUAUUUUUUACACCAGGCAUUGUCCACAUGUGCCUAAUUUUUUGGAGUAGGUUUGUAUUAAUCUAUGUGGAUUAAAUAUUUCUAUGUCCAAACUAUGCCUAACAUUAAUCCAUGUGAAUUAGAACUGACUGGGAAGUGAUGACUACCCAGGUGACGACAUGCCUGGUGCUGUCCAAACUCUGAAGCCAACUCUUGUGCUGACCAAGAGUAUCUCAGAAAACAACACAUGAGUUAAUGAUAAGUCUGGUUGACCAUCACCACAACCUUCUCAGACUGAUGCGGUCGUAAGCUCUGCUGAUGAAUCUUCUGCUUCCAAGAAAGCUCCAACGUUUAAGACGCGUCACACUUCAGUAUUCCAAUCAAAGAGGUUAAGAACUAGAGAGAGAGUUUGAGUUCAAUAAUAAAGUAAUACUUUUCUUUUUAACAAACCCGACAUGAUCUGAUUAAUGUUCUUUAACUGUUGAGUUUUAAUUUCAAAACUUUAGUUUCAAUGGUAUCAGUUUAAGAUAUAUAACUGGGAAAACUGUAUCUCAUGUUGUCUCGAUUCGGGAACACCAGAAAUCUGAAACUAAGAUAAGAACCGUCCUAUUUAGUUCAACCUGAUGAUGUUUGGAUUCGUGAAAUUUAAUUCCACAUCUGUCUUGUGGAGCUGUAGACAAGAGACAUUAAUCCACACAUCAGCCAUCUUUGAACAACUAAGAACUCUGCAACUAAACUAUGUCAAUAAUAAAAAAUUGAAUCCAUGUCUCAUGUCUGAACUUAAUUUCAAAGUCCUCAUUAUACACUUUGGAGAGAAGAAGUGAACUAACAUUGAAGGUUCACGUAAAUUUUUUUCAAGAAAACAUUUGUAUGCAGUUUGGUUCAUCUUAAUUUUUAGAUUAUUAAAUUAUUAAUGGUUACACUACAUUUAAGUUAUUUUGGCUAAAUUACUUGAACCAAUGUAAUACUUUAUUAAUUUAUAACACUAUUUUUCUAUAAGAGAACUUUUGAUUAACAUGAGGAAAUUUUCCUACAAACAAUCUGGUUAUAAAACAAAGUUAAACAAAUGUUAAAAUAAUUUACAAACAGAAAACACUUAAAAUUAAA